GUUUACAUUUUUUUGCAGAAUGAAAAACAGGACAACAAAGAGAAAGAAGAAAAUAAAGAGCCUCAGAUUGAAGAAAAAAAAUUUGACCCAGCUGGUUGUGACCAUGAGCUUUGUGAGAUGUUAGAGCGAGACAUUGUCCAGAAGAACCCAAAUAUCAAGUGGGAUGACAUAGCAGAUCUCCAUGAGGCCAAAAGGUUGCUGGAGGAGGCUGUAGUGUUGCCCAUGUGGAUGCCUGAGUUCUUUAAGGGUAUACGACGGCCAUGGAAGGGAGUUCUGAUGGUAGGACCGCCUGGUACUGGCAAAACAAUGUUGGCCAAAGCUGUUGCUACCGAGUGUGGCACAACAUUCUUCAAUGUGUCUUCUUCUACAUUGACUUCCAAGUAUCGAGGAGAAUCAGAAAAACUAGUCCGUCUUUUGUUUGAAAUGGCUAGAUUUUAUGCUCCUUCAACAAUCUUCAUUGAUGAAAUAGAUUCGCUUUGUUCACGGCGAGGCUCAGAGUCAGAGCACGAGGCUUCACGACGAGUGAAGUCUGAACUGCUAGUGCAGAUGGAUGGUAUCAGCUCGCACAGUGAGGAGCCAGGCAAAGUGGUCAUGGUGCUUGCAGCCACCAACUUCCCCUGGGACAUUGACGAAGCUUUGCGUCGCCGACUGGAGAAGCGUAUCUACAUCCCUUUACCCAACGGAUUAGGAAGGGAGGCACUUCUUAAAAUUAACCUCAGGGAGGUGAAGUUAGAACCCAAUGUUAAUCUGAAGGAUAUUGCUGCAAAACUAAAAGGAUACUCAGGAGCUGACAUUACAAAUGUCUGCAGAGAUGCAUCAAUGAUGUCAAUGCGACGGAAGAUCGCGGGGCUGCGGCCUGACCAGAUCAAACAGCUGGCCAAGGAAGAAUUGGAUCUACCAGUUUCAGUGCAGGACUUCUCAGAAGCUAUCUCUAAGUGCAACAAGAGUGUCAGCAAGGAGGACUUGGACAAGUAUGAAAAAUGGAUGAGUGAGUUUGGCUCCACGUGAUAGCGGCUCAAACCUUAGAAGAUACUGUAUUGUGUCCUGAAGUCUGUGUUGCCGUCAGCCUACUAUUGUGCUGGAGUACUACUUACGUAGAUUAGUCAAACUAAACUGUCUAAUCUAACUAGCAUACUUUUUUGUUCAAUUAAUAUUUUAAUAUUGUUAAAAUUUCAUGUAAAAUUAAAAAUAUCACUAAUUAGUAAUUACAUUUUGAAACUAUUUUUGUAAUUUUUAGUAAAAGAAACAAUAAUAUCAAUUGCAAUAUUGAAUUGAGAAGUGUGAUCUGAAAACCAAACUAAUUUAGUGCCUUUAUAAAAAUGAAUGUUUAGAUUUUAUAUCAACGAUUGACAAUGGAAUGCCUUACUAUCAUCACAACAAUUCUGAAUAAAAAGAACAGACAUAAUUUGUUUGUAAUUUUAUCAAACAUAUUUAGCCAUACAUUGGCCAUCUGAUAUUGACACAUUAUUUAGUUGCUGUGGUCGUGUGGUGUGUUCCUUGACUGUUGCCAAUAUUGCUCACAUGAUUGACAUUCACCAUCAGUUAAAUCUAAGUUCUCUUGUUAAGCACGUAAUGGUGUCCACUCUGGUGCACCCUGAUGUCUAGAGUUUCCACAGUACAAAUGAUAAGUAGACAGUAGCGUUCACUUUACAAGAGAAUAGACCUCACAUCCAUAAAGUGAUUGAUUUAGUGGCAGAAAUACAACUGUGUGGUGGAUAAUCACCAGUUCUGUGUGGCAUUUCAUAGAUAGCACAUACGUGCUAAAUCCUUUAAUUAAAGUUGUAUGUCUUUUUUUAAUCUUAUAGUAUAUUUCUCAUUUCGAUUAAUUGAAUUUAAAUAUUAUAUAAUAAUAUUUUUUGUUAUUAUUGUCGGAGUUUAUUAAUACAAAAUGUUUAAUAAUAUUGUGUGUUGUAUCUAUCUAUUAUUAAUUAAUACUGUUGUUUGCCACAAGAUAACAUGCAGCCAGAGUGUUUACUUAUCAGAUCUUCAACAGUUUUUAGCAUUGACUGACAUGUAUUGUAAGAGUGUCAUGUUAUUAGUGAGCACUACACUGGAUGUUGUGUUAGUUGUAUUUUACUACUGUUUAUUUUAAUACAGUAUAGUAAGACAAUUUACAUCUAGCGUGUAGAUUUUAUGUAGCAUCUAGUAUGUAGAUGUCAUGUAGCAUCUUUCAUGUGAUCUUCAUGAAUUUUGAAAACAAAAUUAAAUAAAUGUAGCUUCUUUGAUAUCUGUACAAAAUUAAAAGGGUCAUUUAGAUAUAUAUUAUAGUAAGUUCAUGGUCUAUCGAGGAGCAAGGUUAAAGAUUUAGGGCUUUUGUCGUCAGGAAAUGUUGUUUUAGGAACAUAUGAUUAACAAAAAAUAUAUUCAGCAUAAAAUUCA